AUGUCUGAGCAUGAGACCACCAAAAAUCACUUGGAGGCAAUCGCCAUCUUAGCUAAAAGAGGAAUGAUAAAGGGACGGAUAGAUGUCGAUCUAGAAAAAAAACAAGCGGAAGAAAGCCAAUAUUGGCGGAAUGUGUUGAGACGCGUCAUCAGUACAAUCAAAUUUCUUGCAGAAUGUGGUUUAGCCUUUAGAGGUGAUAACGAAUUGAUCGGAUCAUCAAGUAAUGGGAACUUGUUGGGAAUCCGAGAACUGCUGGCUGAGUACGAUCCAUUCCUUGCGACCCAUUUGAAAGAAAGAGCCAAUAAGGGGAGUGGACACGUCAAUUAUCUCUCAUCCACUAUCUGUGAACAAAUAAUAGCUUUGAUGGGCGAGAAGCUACUGAAUGAAAUACUAGAAAGGGUCAAAAAGUCGAAGUACUAUUCUGUUUCAGUGGAUUCUACGCCUGACGAGGCUCACAUUGAUCAGUUGACAAUAAUAAUUCGUUACAUGGAAGGAUGUACUCCACGAGAAAGAUUUCUAACAUUUCUUCCGAAUUGUGGCCAUAGUGGUUCAGCUUUAGCCAAUGCUCUCCUGAAUUUUCUCGAAGUGCAUGGUAUUGAUAUUAGUGAUUGCCGCGGACAGUCAUACGAUAAUGCUGCGAACAUGGCUGGCAAGUACAAAGGGAUGCAAGCGCUAAGUAUUGAGAAGAAUCUACUGGCCAUUUUUGUUGCCUGUUGUGGUCACUCCUUGAACUUGGUGGGGAAGGCUGCAGCAAACUCAUGUGCAUUUGCUGUUCAUUUCAUCAAUUUUGUUCAAAAUAUCUAUACCGUUUUCACAGCAACACCUGAACGAUAUGCAAUUCUAGUCGCUAAAUUAUCGAAGGACGGUAGCCAAUUUCACGUUCCAAAAAAUCUAAGUGACACUCGUUGGUCCUGUCGAGCCGAUGCUACGAAGGCUCUCAUCAAUAGUUAUGAUAAACUAAGGGAAACCCUGGAUGAAAUUCGUCAGGAUGAUGAGCAGAAAGACAUCGUGAGAAUCGAACCGAAAAGACUCUUUCAGAAAAUGUGCAGCUUGGAAAUCGCAUUUUACACUCUAUUUUGGAAUGACAUCUUGGAGAGUUUCAACGCCACAAAUAAAUUGUUGCAGUAUCCUACAAUGGUUCUUCAUGUGGCAGUGGCAGCGUUGAAAUCCCUCAGAUCCUUCGUUGAAUCGAAGAGAGAUAAAUUUGAAGAAUACGAAAAACUUGCCCAAAAAUUAUCUGACUUAGAGGAUUAUUCGCAAUCACGAACUAGAAAACGUAAUAUCAGACUCGACCCUAUGGAUUCUUCACAAGCUACAGAGACCCAGCUUCCUCUUCGAGAUAAAUUUCGUGUGGAAAAUUUCAAUCCUGUGAUUGACCGACUUUAUUCUGCUUUAACUGAUAGACUUCGCGCAUAUGAAAUGGCCUGCGAAAGAUUUGAUUUCUUCAAUCAUUUGGAUGAAUUAAAUUAA